UCUUUCACUAUUGCCAUACAUAAUCAUUCUUGUUCUUAAUUUUGCUUCAAGAAUGAGAUCAAGGCUACUAUUCCUUGUGCUGAUGAUCAUCAACUUGUUGAUGGUUUCAUGUGCGGGUAACUUCUACGAAGAUUUCUAUGUCACUUGGGGAGGUGAUAGCAAAGCUAAGAUACUCAACAAUGGCAGCCUUCUCACUCUUUCUCUUGACGAAGCUUCUGGCUCAGGAUUUCAGUCCAAGAAUGAGUAUUUGUUUGGAAAGAUCGAUAUGCAGCUGAAGCUUGUUCCUGGAAACUCUGCUGGCACUGUCACUGCCUAUUAUUUAUCCUCAAAAGGGUCUGCAUGGGAUGAGAUAGACUUUGAGUUCUUAGGGAAUUUGAGUGGUGACCCUUACAUUCUUCACACUAAUGUGUUCACCCAAGGCAAAGGUAACAGAGAGCAACAAUUCUAUCUAUGGUUUAAUCCAACUGCAGAUUUCCACACCUAUUCCAUCAUUUGGAAUCCUCAACGCAUCGUCUUUUCUGUUGAUGGGACUCCUAUUAGAGAGUUCAAGAACAUGGAGAACAUUGGUGUUCCAUUCCCAAAAAAUCAACCAAUGAGGAUUUACUCUAGUUUAUGGAAUGCUGAUGACUGGGCUACAAGAGGUGGACUUGUCAAGACAGAUUGGAGUCAAGCUCCAUUCACUGCUUCCUAUAGGAACUUCAACGCCAAUGCUUGUAUCUGGUAUAAUGGAGCAUCUUCUUGCAGCCCAAAUUCUGUUCUUUCUAACUUCAAUAACAUCAAUGCAUGGCUCUGGGAAGAACUUGAUUUUGCAAGACAAGGUCAAAUGAAAUGGGUGCAAGAUAAUUACAUGAUCUACAAUUAUUGCAAAGAUACUAAACGUUUCCCGCAAGGUCUCCCUCGGGAAUGCUAUGUCUCCAAUCACUAGUUUUUAAGGAAACAAAAUGAGGGUAAUUUGAUUCCU